GAAGGAGAUCAGAGAAAUGAACUUGCAACUGCUUCGAAAGCUGCUCCUAGUGGGUGUAGUUUGGGCUUACUCUAUAACAAAAGGAUAUAGUUCAGUUUGUUCUCCUUCCAACACCGACAUUGACAUUGACGCUAAGGUCCCUGGUGUCAUAUCCACACCUGAAUUCACAGAUGGCUCUGCCGGCAGUUCCUGCACCUGGAAGAUCCAGGCUCCUGAGAAUUUCCGACUAGCGAUAACACUCGAGGCUCUGAAGUUUGCAGGUCCAGAUGACCAUUUAGUCAUUCAUGAUGGUGCUGAUGACCGAAGUCCCCUGAUGGGAAGAUAUGGUACUUGCAUCACUGGCUCUCUCACCCUGUUCUCAAGCGGGAAUUCAAUUUUUUUGCAGACGGUGUCCACCACUUUUAGAACGAGCAACGAGCUUAGGAUCGCACAUAGAGCAAUUGAAUCUGAGACCGUCACCUGCUCGAGCCCGGGCGGAAAUCGGCCAAAUUUCUGUGGUGAUGACACCCAUUUGGGAGGACUCUCGGGUGUUAUAAGCAGUCCUAACUUCCCUAAGAACUAUGGAGCCAAUGAAUAUUGUACGUGGAAUAUUGCUGCUCCCCCAGGCUACCGUAUGCAAUUUGCAAUUCGUUUCCUCGGUAUUGAAGACCACCGAUAUUCGCGUCCAGGGGCCUGCGGUGAUGACAGCAUCAGCAUAAGCGAGUCGCGUGAAAACAAAACCCGGGAUAUCAAAACGCUCUGCGGAUGUCAGCCACUUUUUUCAUUCGUUACCUCGGAGGAGACGAUGUUCGUGACUUUUAGAUCUUACAAGGAGAAUAACUGGCCAGGAUUUUAUGCCACCUACCAAGCAUUGUCUCCUCAAGAAUGUCCCCCAGGAAACACCAAUUGCCCUUUAAAAGAUUCACAUCCAAUUGGCUUCAAUGCUCAAGGAGAGGUGUGCAAGUCGUCGGCUAUAGUCGAUUCACGGCCUACUGAUGGCGGUAACAUAACUUUGGAUACCGAAGCUAAAAUAGACGUGGUCUGCAAACCUGACUUCAUCGAGGUCUCUCUAAAGAUUUCAGAUUUCCCUGGAAUCGUUCUCAACGACUCUUCUCUUCAUCUUGAGGACAGAAACUGCGUUCCUGGUUACAAAGAUAACACGAAGGUGACGUUUAAGUUUGGACUUGAGGAUUGCAGCACUAAACACAAGAACGAUGGGGAGAAGAUAUACUACACGAACAAGGUCUACCUCAAAGCCGGUGAGGCGGCCGAAGACGAGGCGAUAACUCGCGAACACACGGAGAUUAUUCCUUUUCACUGUGGAUAUAACAAGAAAGCCAUCCUCUCCAAAGUUUCAUACAACCCACGCGCUGUGCAAAUCAUAACAGAUACAGAGGGCAUUGGCAACUUCACGUACUAUAUGGACAUGUAUGAGGACGAAAGCAACAACGCAACGGUCACAGAAUUCCCAAAAGAAGUUGGUUUGGGUCAAAAGAUGUAUUAUGGCUUUCGAGUGGAGUCUGGAGACACUGGUUUGGUUGUGUUCCCGGAUGUUUGCAAAGCCACAGCAUCGCCUAGGUUCAACUCAACUCCCGACCACGUCAUCAUCGACAAGGCCUGCUCAAAAGACAAUACUUUACAAUACCAGUAUGGCCAAAGAUCAGAACACUUCUUCAAUCUUGAUGCCUUCCGCUUCACAGAAAGCUUUAGUGAUAUCUAUGUCCACUGUAAGCUAACGAUUUGUCGAAAAGAUGACGACGAAUCUAGGUGCGCCAAAGGUUGUCAGCCUACAAAGAGAAGAAAGAGAUCAGCGGAAGAGGACUUUGGUGCCAGUCUCUACAUUGGACCAUUGAAACCAAAAGUCGUCGAGAAUGACGCUGUUAAAAAGAACAGCGACGAUCGGUCAGAUUCCAUUGAUAGCACGAUUCCUAUUGUGGGAAUUUUAGUCGGAGUGCUAGGAACGCUCGCCAUUGGGCUCACUGUCGCUGUGAUUGUCAUUAGCCGACGUCGAAAAUCCUCGGGCAAUGGAUUGUUUCUCGUUGUUAGUGAAGAAACGUAGACUGGUCCGCAACAGGCUGCAGUGCAGAAAUGAUCACUUCAAGAAAGGGUUGGCCGGAACACUUAAACUUAAAAGUUGCGUUUAGGAUACCAUGAGGUCUUAUGGUUCAUUAUAAAUGUAUUUUAAUUAGGCAUUUGAUUUUUUUGCUUUUUCUUACUCAAGGAGUUUUCGUUAUGUUAUCUAUAGGCAGGAGUUUCAUCGUGACAACGUUAAUACUACCUCGGCGAUGGUUUCAAUGACCACGUUUACCUGCGCUAUGAACGGCAUAUUUUCUAGCCCUAGUGAAUCAGAACAGUCAAGUUAUUUUCGAGAAUUUCUUUUUCAUGCUUGAUAUCGAGGGAUAUUAAAGUCCUUUAAAACAUGGUACAGUUGUACCUUCCCCCCUCUCGUCAAAGUGCCUCUGAGAAAAAAAAGUUAUAGCUUAUUUCCAAUGCAAAACGGUAAUUUGACUUGCUGCCUACCAAAUGUUCCUCAUUGAAAAUUUAAACCCUUACUUCUCCUGAGUGGCUGGUGGAUGAGGUUGAUAGGCAACGAGUUUUUUCCUUUCCCACCCUCCCCUUCCUCCCCUAUCAUCGCUUCGUUUGUCUAUCCAACACCCUGUUAAUAGAAAAUUUCAUUAUCUUUCCAGACGUCCUCUGCUUCAAAGCCUGUACUGAAACUCUCUCUAGAAAAUUAUUUUUGAGCGUUCGUACUCCACCAGAUAUCUUUAGUGCCACUAAGACUCUGGCAACCAGCCCUGUUUCAAAGUCUGUAUCAAAUCACGUUCGAAUGCAUUUUUUUCAAAGCUCAAUAAUAAACUUUUUUAUGCAAAA